UAUUUUCAUUAUACGUAUUAGCAGGAACAUGACGCGAUGCCUUCAGUUAUCACGUGACACUGGUUAUCCAAAUGGAUAAGCUGACAAAGAGACUACCUGCACAAAUCCAGGAAGUUGGAAAUAGUGGACAGUACACAAGUAGCCUAUGGCAGAAGAGAAUGACUUCACUGUUGCUGGACCUUUGGAGACGCCUGUUGUUGAAAACGAGGUUCAGUCACUGCCACAUGCGUAUUCCUGCACCCUAACACCGGAGCUGGUCGCUAAGGCUAGAGAGGAGCUUCAGGAGAAGCCAGAAUGGAGACUCCGAGACGUCCAGGCUCUCAGAGAUAUGGUCCUAAAAGAUUACCCAAACCUCAGGACUCGCUUAGAUGACGGCUUCCUGUUGCGUUUCCUCCGGGCUAGGAAAUUUGACUAUGACAAAGCACUACAGCUCCUAGUCAACUACUAUGCCAGUCGACGCAGCUGGCCGGAGGUGUUCCACAAUCUCAGGCCGUCGACAAUAAAACACGUGCUGGACUCGGGGUUCCUAACUGUCCUACCGCAUCCAGACCCUGACGGACGCCUUGUCUUGUGUCUCCGACCAGGGAAGUGGAGACCUAGUGACUACCCCUUUUUAGACACUAUCCGUGCAAUAUAUCUGACUCUGGAGAAACUGAUCCAGCCGGAGGAGACCCAGGUGAAUGGGCUGGUUAUUCUUGCAGACUACAAUGGGGUUGGCUUGGCCCAUGCCUCUCAGCUAGGACCUUUCCUGGCCAAGAAAGUGGUGGGAAUUCUUCAGGAUGGGUUUCCGAUUCGGAUAAAGGCAGUCAACAUCAUAAAUGAGCCCAGGAUUUUCAAGGGGAUAUUUGCCAUCAUCAAGCCUUUUCUGAAGGAGAAGAUGGCACAAAGAUUUAUUCUUCAUGGGUCAGACCUAAACUCCCUUUAUCAAAGAAUCCCCUCAGGUAUCCUCCCUGAAGAGUACGGGGGCGCAGCUGGUAAACUGAACACUGCAGACUGGUCAACAACCCUACAAAACUCUGAGGAGGAGUUUGUGGUGGAGUUCUGCCAGCCAGAUCCACUAGAGGGCGCCGCUCUAACAGACUCCAUGCUGUUUGAAGGGGAACCCUCUGAAGCACAAUGUGAUGAUUCCUACAGGGGAGUGAGGUCACAGUUAUAUUACUGUUACUGAUAUACAAAAACAUUUGGGGUCAGUACUGUUCUUGUGCAGAAGCAUAUACAAUGCUUAGUAUAGAUGUAAAAAGGAGGGCCAUUCUAUGGGAUAAGCAUUAUGCUAAUAACAUCUUGAAGGGUCCAGUUUUAAAAGGAAAGCAUGCCCCAUUUAUUUUAAUGAAAAUAGUUGCAAAUAGGUCAAUUAUUUUAUUGUUUUGUUAUAUUUAGAAACAAUGGAGGAAAGCUUUUAUAAUUGGUGACAGUGACACCACCAAGUUAAUUUCCAUUAUGACAUUACAUAUUUAUUAGAAAAAUGAUUCAGUACCAACAGCCAAUCAGCUUCCAGCUCUAGCUGGCUUCUAUCAGGUGGCAGAUGCCCGCUGGAACAUCACAGUAUCAACUGUGUAUCAAACUCAAAAUCAAUACACACAAGUGCCGGGUUUAUCAUUCCGUUGUCCUGGAAUGGGGUCGGGUCAGUUUCACAUACUUCAAAUGUGUAAAGCACAGAACAGUACUACCCAAAAGCAAUAAACUAUUCCUUACUGAUCAGAUUAUCUUUUUUUUUCUAUUUAGCAUUAGGUUUCAUUUUUCUUCUUUGAAAAAGGUUUAUAUAAUCAGCAUUGUGUUUUUUUUUUAAUGUUUUAUUUCAUGUACAGUAGAGUCAAUUAUCCAAACUAAUUGGGACCGCUACUAGGUUGCAUAAUCGAUUUGUAUAGAUAAUCUAACAGGUAUUAAUAACAAUUACUGUACCUUUAAUAAUGUAUAGAAUAAAGUCAACAUACAAAAGUAUUUAGUACACAAGUACCUACUGAUGUUAUAUAGCUGGUAACCUAUUCUAUCACAUUAAGCAUACAAAAUUACAAAGCUUUACAAAUCAUUAAAUUAAUGCAAUUAAUUUAAUCUACAGUUAAUGUAAUGAAAUACUGUCAUUAAACGUAUGAUAUACCUAACUUUGAAAAUCAAAGAAUGUAAUUCAGCACAACUUUGACACAUUACAGAACUUUAGGAAUCAUAAAACUUCAAAAAUUCAAAUACUUUGAUACUUGCUGUUAAGGCAUUGUAAUAACAUGCAAUUGAAAUGAAUAAAAGUUCUUGGCUGCUCAAUAACAGACAAGAUCUCCAGCCCUUACUGAUGAAAUAGAAGAAAAAUCAAGAGCGAGGUCACUGUUUUAAUUUGCUUAACUGCAACAAUUUAAAGCACACAAUGCUCCAUCUAAGGUUUCGGUGGUCUGAAUAGUUCUGUAAUUUGCCUCAGUCUGCUGGUCCUUUUUUGGGGAAGCUAAAUCUCAUAGCCAUUGUAGCAGCAGAAGCUGUGUGUGUAAUACACCACACGCAAUUCAUCACGUGGUUACAGGUGUGUUCGGUUGAUUAGACAGUACGGUUGAUCAAAGAUCAGAUAAUUGACUCUCUACUGUAUAUAUAAAAGGAGAAUAACGUAAAUGUCCAGUGUUGCAAAACUUUUGAAAUUAAAGAGACGACAAAAUAUAUGAUUUUAGAUAUAGACCGCAUCCAUUCUUGUAAUAAAAUAACUGGUGAUAAUCUGUAUCUGGUUAUAUCAAAUAACACGUCUGUCUUUUGUAAUUGCCAAAUGCAUGUGAUUUAAAUGUGGCAUGAAGCUGUAUCUAAAAUGCAUUUUUGCUUCAUGCUGACAGUGAGCUUUUAUACGAUUCUAAAUAUAGAUUCCGAUAGAUAUAGACAUGUUGGUAGAAAUUGGGUUAGCAAAAUAUGAUUUUGCCUUGUGGCCAGAGAAUUAGUUGCUCCAUAAACAUGUUUUUCAUGUUACAACCUUUUGAUUGCCAUACUAAAUGGUACUCUGAAGGGACCUUAAACAUUUAAUGUGCAAAUGUAACGGCCAAUAUCAUCUUAUUAUUUUAAAAAAUAAUUUAUAGUAAAAUGUAUCUGUAUAUUUCAGUGUUACAGAUGGUUUGAGUCUCUUGGAGAGUUAACACAAACCACAUUCGGUUUCAAUGCAUACUUAAUGACAAACUGAACAGAAUCAAUUCAUUUUCAAAAUAAAUCUCUUUUCAGCCACCAGACUGGUAGUCAUUUUAUGUAAUUGAUUGACUCAAUUUCCAUGUAAACAGCUUGCAUCACAACUGAUUAAACAGACUCUCGAAGAGUUCAGACUAUGUGUUGAUUAUGUGUUGACUGCUGUUGUCUGUUUUGUGUUGCCUUGUUCGGACACCUGUGUAAAUCAUUUGUGAGGGUAAAUCUCCCCACAAAUACUUUAUUUUAAGCCUUAAAAGGGGAUGAUGAUGCUUCUGUACAUUGUGCCAAACAAUUACUCUCAGGAAUUCAAUCCAACUGUUCUGCAAUUAUAUUACAAGCUAUUCUAAAUAAAGUUCAAAAUGAAA